GGGGAAGAUUGCGUUUCCCUACCUGACACACGUUGGCCUCAUGGGCGACCCAUAAGAGGGUCAGCCCCUCCUUGUCGGACGGCUCGCUGUGGGGUUUGGUGUCCGCCGACAGGUUGACCGACUUCAUCGUGAGUGAGGAGUUGCUUCCAAUCUGGUCUUGGAGAAUGAUGAUGUGGUAACACCGUCAAGAAUCUGCUGAGCUGCCACCAUGCGAACAGUACAGCCAAUUAUUAGCUGUGUACAGAAACUGGUUCUGUAUGAAACUCGAGCAAGAUAUUUCCUGGUUGGAAGCAAUCAUGCAGAAACCAAACAUCGUGUGCUGAAAAUCGACCGUACAGAGCCAAAGGACUUGGUGGUUAUCGAUGACCGUCAUGUAUACAGUCAGCAGGAAAUACAGGAACUUUUAAGUCGCCUUGAUAUGGGCAAUCGAACUAAGAUGGGGCAGAAGGGUCUGUCUGGGCUUUCAAAAAUUGUAUCUGCUUUUGGCAUCGUUGGAUUUGUCAGAUUUUUAGAAGGAUACUAUAUUGUAUUCAUAACCAAAAGAAGAAAGGUAGCAGAUAUUGGAGGCCAUUCAAUUUAUAAAAUUGAAGACACCACCAAUGUCUACAUUCCAAAUGACUCCGUUCGAAUUGCUCAUCCUGAUGAAACCAAGUAUGUGAAGAUUUUCCAGAGUGUGGAUCUUUCCAGUAAUUUUUAUUUUAGCUACAGCUAUGAUCUAACUCAUUCGCAUCAGUUCAAUCUGACAGUGUUGAAAAUGCCCAGUGAAGGGUUAAACAGUGAAACCUUUGGGCACAGUGGACAGGACAGCUUUGAUAUCUUUGAGGAUGAGGGUGCUGCUACACAGGAUGGAAGCACAGCUGGUCAUUAUGGCAUCCGUAAUGAACCUUACUUCAAAUAUACUUGGAAUGGUUACAUGCUAGAAAAAGUCAAAGCUGCUGUCCAUCAUAAUUGGUUGCUAUAUAUUAUACAUGGAUUCUGUGGUCAAUCAAAAAUGCUAAUCUAUGGACGACCAGUUUAUGUCACUUUGAUAGCCAGACGAUCUUGUAAAUUUGCUGGGACUCGUUUCCUGAAAAGAGGUGCAAAUUGUGAGGGAGAUGUGGCCAACGAAGUAGAGACUGAGCAGAUCAUUCAUGAUGCUUCCGUGAUGUCUUUUUCUGCUGGAAGUUAUUCUUCUUACGUACAGGUCCGAGGUUCUGUUCCACUCUACUGGUCUCAGGACAUUUCAACCAUGAUGCCCAAGCCACCAAUUACACUGGAUCAGGCAGAUCCAUUUGCCCAUGUAGCAGCCCUUCACUUUGACCAGAUGCUCCAAAGGUUUGGUUCUCCGAUUAUUAUCCUGAAUCUGGUUAAGAAACGUGAAAAGCGAAAGCAUGAAAGGAUAUUGAGUGAAGCCCUGUUUUCUGCAGUUACCUAUCUGAACCAAUUUCUGCCACCCGAGUAUGGCAUUCACUAUAUUGCCUGGGAUAUGGCCAAAUAUACCAAAAGUAAACUGUGCAAUGUCUUGGAUCGGCUGAAUCUAAUUGCGGAAGAUGUUGUCAAAAAGACCGGCUUCUUUGUGAAUCAUCCCGAUUUUUAUUCGAACUCCUUACGACCAAAUGACAGAUGGAAUGAACUGGGCGGAUACUUUCAUAAUAAGUGUCGCCUGCAGACCGGUGUUCUGAGGACGAACUGUGUUGACUGUUUGGAUCGAACAAACACUGCUCAGUUUAUGGUGGGAAAGUGUGCAUUGGCAUGCCAGCUGUAUGCACUCGGUGUCAUAGAUAAACCACGAUUGCAAUUUGACACAGAUGCUGUUCGAUUAUUUGAAGAGCUGUAUGAAGAUCAUGGUGAUACACUAUCUUUACAAUAUGGGGGUUCACAGCUCGUACAUCGGGUGAAAACGUACAGGAAAAUUGCGCCCUGGACACAACAUUCCAAGGACAUCAUGCAAACUCUCUCUAGGUACUACAGUAAUGCAUUUUCAGAUGCUGAUAGACAAGAUGCCAUCAAUCUGUUUCUCGGCGUUUUCCAGCCUUUGGAAGGAAAGUCUCACCUUUGGGAACUUCCCACUGACUAUUACUUGCAUCAUAAGAACACGAUGGCACUCUUGUCUCCCAAGAGAAGCUAUACCCAUUGGUGGACACCAGAUGUACUAAUGAACCUGCCCUUGCCAUAUGAUGAAGUUCCUUGCACUGAAAACCUUAAAAAGAUGACAGUAAUAAAGAAGACUGAUAAAUCUGAUGAAGAGAUAGAUGUGUACACAGAGUUCUACCGGCCCUAUGAGCUGAGCUCUUUUGAUGAUGCUUUCUGUCUGAGAAUGACAAAUUCAGCUAAGGACUUCAUGCCAAAGAACGUUGGAAUAGACCCAAGUCCAUUUACGAUUCGCAAGCCAGAAGAAACUGGUAAAUCCAUGCUGAGCAACAAGACCAGUAAGGAGGAAACAGUACUGCAGCGUAAGACAGUGGCAAGUGCACCUCCACCACCGUCAGAGGAGGCUGUUUCCAGUAGUUCCGAAGAUGAUUCAGGAACCGACAAGGAAGAGGACGGUGCUGUCUCUCAACGAUCCACCCCAGUCAAAGUCACAGAGUAUGGAGAAAAUACCAAAAUUACAGAGGAUUCCAGCCAAUCUCCAAGAGAAGUGCGUAUCACAAAUAUUUCCGGGCUUCCAUCAGAAGAUGAUCUUCUGAUAUACAAAAGGUUUGUUAAUUUGGGCCAAAGCCAGCGGAAGGUUGAUGCACACAGCCAACAAAGCAGUACAAAACAUCUAGACAGCAUGAUGACUAUAUCGGAACCAGCCUCUUCGUUCCUUCGGGACAGCAUUUACGAGGUGCAUCUGGCUGGUCUGGAUGCAAAAUCGGCACAAAUCUUCACUUCCCACAUCCAGACUGGCAAAGGCAUAAUACAGCCCUUGUGUCGGGAAGACCUGGUACUCUACAGAGAAUACAUCAAAAGCCGAUACAUGUGAAGAGACUUUGCAUGGCGGCCCUGGAAACAUUAAAUGUCAGAGGUUAGCAGGCGAUGGUUAUUCAACGGAACUAAAUGCCAGGAAUCAUUGUUCAGGAAAAAUGACAAUUUCAGAACAUAAAAUUGUCCCUUCGGUCUGAUUCAUACCAUGGGCUAAGAACUCUGAUUUCAAAAACGAGGAUGUUUUCCAAAGAUAAUGAUUGCUUUCAAUACGAGAUCAAUUAACAAUGGACCAUUUCGGGGGAAGCUCAUUAUGUCUCAUAUCAGUUUUGCAUUAUUAAUGGCCCUGUCCCACUGUACGAGCUCAUUCAAGAGCUCUCCCGAGUUUUAAAAAAUAAUCAAACUCGUGGAAGCACAUAGAAUGUACGUAGCGGGUACGUCGGAGCUCGGGACGUCUCUUAGCAGCUCGUAACGCUUACGGCAGGUACUCGGGAAACGCGGUAAGCUCGGGAAGACUCGUGAAGAUUUUUCAACAUGUUGAAAAAUGUCCACGAGAGCCCCGAGUACCAACGAGCGGCUAUUACCGUAAAUCUCCGAGUUCAAAUCAGGGCAAACUCGGGAGAACUCUUGAAUGAACUCAUACAGUGGGACAGGGCCAUAAGUCUUCAGUAUAAGUUAUUUAGAUAAUAAGGAAUUAUUUAAGUGACAUCUCAGCAGCUUAAUAUAUCUAAUCAGUACAUUCAAUGUCAAUGUUAUUAAUUAUUGAUUAUUUUUCUUCCCUUAAAUAUUAAAUGCCGCUUCAAACUUUU